CGGCUUGCGCGCGCUUGCAAGGCAGCCAGUGCCCAGAGCCCCCGUCUGCCGCUCGGCGCCGGGGUCCGCGGGCAGAGAGAGCAGGAGCUGGAGCAAGCGGGCUGAAGAGUCGGGGACCCCGGACGCGGAGCGCCAGGCACCCGCCAAGCUGCUGCGCGCCUGGGUGCCCAGCGCGGUUAGGGACAGCCCCUGGGUGCUGGAGAGUCCAGCUAGCAGACUGCAAAGGAAAAGCAAAGAUGUCACAGUGGAUCCUUGGCCUCCAGGGCCCAUUAAGGUGAGAGUAAGAGCUUCAGGCUGUUUGGAACUCACAUAAGACUGAAUAUGGAUAUGACCUACGGGUUACUCAAUGGGAGCCAAGCAUGGCCAUCCUCUCCAUUUGACCUCAACGUCUCAGCGGUGGCAGCCAACAGCUCAAACCAGACAGAGCCAUACUAUGACCUGACCAGCAAUGCAGUCCUCACAUUUAUCUACUUUGUGGUCUGCAUCAUUGGCUUGUGUGGCAACACGCUUGUCAUUUAUGUCAUCCUCCGCUAUGCCAAGAUGAAGACCAUCACCAACAUUUACAUUCUCAACCUGGCCAUUGCAGAUGAGCUGUUCAUGCUGGGUCUUCCCUUCUUGGCCAUGCAGGUGGCUCUGGUCCACUGGCCCUUUGGCAAGGCCAUUUGCCGGGUAGUCAUGACUGUGGAUGGCAUCAAUCAGUUCACCAGCAUUUUCUGCUUGACAGUCAUGAGCAUCGACCGAUACUUGGCUGUGGUGCACCCCAUCAAGUCAGCCAAGUGGAGGAGGCCGCGGACAGCCAAGAUGAUUAACGUGGCUGUGUGGGGAGUCUCUCUGCUGGUCAUCUUGCCUAUCAUGAUAUAUGCUGGGCUUCGGAGCAACCAGUGGGGGAGAAGCAGCUGCACCAUCAACUGGCCAGGUGAAUCCGGGGCAUGGUACACAGGGUUCAUUAUCUAUGCUUUCAUCUUGGGGUUCCUGGUACCUCUGACCAUCAUUUGUCUUUGCUACCUGUUCAUUAUUAUCAAGGUGAAGUCAUCUGGAAUCCGAGUAGGUUCCUCCAAGAGGAAAAAGUCUGAGAAGAAGGUCACUCGAAUGGUGUCCAUAGUGGUGGCUGUCUUCAUUUUCUGCUGGCUCCCCUUCUACAUAUUCAAUGUCUCUUCCGUCUCUGUGGCCAUCAAUCCCACCCCGGCCCUUAAAGGCAUGUUUGACUUUGUGGUAGUCCUCACCUAUGCCAAUAGCUGUGCAAACCCUAUCUUAUAUGCCUUCUUGUCUGACAACUUCAAGAAGAGCUUCCAGAAUGUUCUCUGCUUGGUCAAGGUGAGCGGCACAGACGAUGGGGAACGGAGUGACAGUAAACAAGACAAAUCCCGGCUGAAUGAGACCACGGAGACCCAGAGGACCCUCCUCAAUGGAGACCUCCAAACCAGUAUCUGAACUUUUUAGAAAAAUUCAAACAAACAAGCCAAGCUCUGCCUACUGGCAAUGGACUCCCUACUCACACUCUCUUCUUUCCUCCUGCCCAUCACAUCUUACUUCUAGAAAAGAGGACUGCUCAGCAUGAGUCUAAUUCAGACAACAUUGUAUGAGUGGUUUGUGUGAUUGAAUGGUAACGUAUUAGGUUAAAGAGUACCUUCUCUUUAACCAAACAUUUAAAGGCAAGCAGACUCCAGGACUGGACGAGAAAAGAUCAUUCCUGGGUGUGAUCUUAAGAAAUGUUGAAGCAUGAUUUUUUUUUUUAAUGCUAGACAUGGCUUCUUAAUGAAAGGAAAAUGUAAUUCAACAAAAAUAGGAAAAAAAAAAGUAUCAGUAUGUUUGUGUGCUUAAAGCCCAGUAUGUAAUCUCGCGUUCUCCUAUUUAUACUUGUGUAUUCCUAUCUAGUCUCUAUACAGUCAUGGCCGAUGUUUGCUGUGUUCAUACACACAUGGUAAAUACAACUGUGCAUAGUAUAGGUGGACAUUUACUACAGUGUGAUGCCACAGGAAUGGACUUACCAUGAAGCCAAUUGAGUUUAAGCUUCUAGAAUCUUUCCUGGCGGAAUGUUCACAUGGUCAUGUUUUUGUAAAAAAAAAAAAAAGAAAAGAAAGAAAGAAAGAAAGAUAUUUUUGUAAUAAUUUUCUUAAAAAGGGCCCUCUAAAUUGUGAGUGUCCAGCCUCACAAAAAACCUGCCUAUGUACCUGGGAGUUGCUUCAUUAAUUGCAGGCAAGUCAAAGUAAGAAGAGAAAAGGAGAUCUUUGAAAACUCAGAGCAUAAAUGCAUAGGUUUCCUCUUCUCAGAUACAAUGUUAGAAUUAUUCAUUUACUCAAAAGGACUUCAGUGAACGUGGUCAUCGAUCAUUGUAUUCAUCAAGACAAAGCUUGCUUUGUUAUAACAUUGUGUUUUUUUUCCUUCUCAAAUUGCUUUAAGUUUUCCUAGGAAGCCAUAGGGGAGAAAAAUCACUAAGAUGAAAGGCAAAAAAUGGACCAUGAUUCUUAUGGGAAAACAAUUUUAUUCUCCCUACAGUAAAAAAUAAAUGAAUGAGAGUGAAGCGAAAUUAUGCCUUUAUGAAAAACCACGAUUUUUUUUAAAUGCCAGAUACGGCUUCCUAAUGAAAGGAAAUGGAAACGUAAUUCAACAACUCCUCGAAGGGGUUUUUAAGGACUUGAUAAAAGCCUGGCUUUCAAAAAAUAAUCACAGUGCAUAAAUACUAAAGACCUGAGGGCAUUGCUCAUAAAACAGAAGCCUGUGUACCUGCCAAUAUUUGAGUGGCGUGUAUGGGGUGUGCAGGUGUGAGUGUUGGAGGAAGCCAAUACCUCAUAGGGAUUGCCCUGCCACCUUCCUUCCCUUUCUCCUUAAGUGUCAUAUCUUUAGUGCCACAGACUCUCUGAGCUAUUCCUCAAGGACUGUCACAGAUAAGACCUCCACAUCAGUAGCAGUGGUUUUUGUCCUCAGAUUGCAGAUGGACUCACAUACAAGCGAGAAGAAAAGAGACAAUGCUCAUUUCAUUGCCGAGCGCAGCUUUCAGGUAUGAAGACACCUGCACUGGCCCUUUCUAAGAAUCCCAACAUCUCUGAGUUUCAUAUGGCAGCAUUGCUCUUAGCAUCUUACACCUAUGAUCGGUUUUACCGUAUUUUCAAAUGAGCUUUCCUCUUCUGCUCCUGAAGCAAGGGUAGCUUGAGGACUGACUGCCUGAGCGUUCUACCAUGGCAAUGGUUGUUUGCGUGCUGCCUCCACUCUAGCUGUCUGUAUAAUUCGCACCACCGUAUUCCCAAAAGUACUCACUGUGGCUUCAAAAAAUAUGUUCAGUAAGAUUUAUGACAACUAAAUCAAUGAAGCACAGAAAGAAGAAAAGGUCCAAUUAUAAAACAAGAUGAUAGGGGAAGUCAUUGCCAAGGGAGAUGCAUGCAGUAGAAUCCCACAAGCUCAGCUGGGGGCUUCCACGCAGCCACAGCCAAUGGAGAGUGACUUUUUCCUUACUUUUUUUUUUUUAAUAAAAAUAAACAAAGAUUUGGAAGGAAAUGCUUUAAACCCAACUUUAUCAUUAUUAUGAGAUGUCCCAGGGUCUUUGAAUAGAUGCUAAUUUGUACUUAGCAAAAUGAUUCCAAGAGACCAAGAAAUAGGAGAAAGAACUUCAGUCGUACAGUGUUCCCACCCCAUGAUCUGAGAAAUAGCCUUCAAGAAGGCUGGGGUAAAAGCAGUCAUCUGCAACAGUGAAAUGAAA